AGUUGUUUCACUGCUUGCCAAUCCCCGCUCAUCCAAGGUCUAAGUGUCUCUUACAAUGCCUCUACCAUACGACCUAUGCGCUCGCGUACAAAAUGCUUUUCGAGCACGACACCACAAAAUAGCAGUGGACCACACAACGCAAAACCUCGGGAUCCUAAGCAUCCUCCUACGAACCGGCUUCAUUUCCAACGUCACGCGUGGAACCAUCGAGUCACCCUCUCCCACUGACUUUCUCCGCGUUGGUGAAGCCCAGCGCCGUAUAUGGGCUGAGCUCAAAUACCGCGACGACCGGCCUGUGCUUUCGGACAUGGAACUCAUUAGUAGACCCAGUAGACGCAUCUUUAUGGACAUCGGGGAGUUGCGACGGAUUUGCUCCGGACGCAGGGCGCAGACAAUCAAACCGCUGGGCAUGGGUGAAAUUGCGGUGGUGCGGACAAAAAGCAAGGAGCAUGAAUGGUUGGAGGCGCGAGAGGCUUUGCAGCUAAAUUUGGAUGGAGAGGUAAUUUGUCGAGCUCGUUGAUCCCAUUAAAGGCCUGUUAUUGGUGCGCAUAGGAAUUAUACAUCAUUCCUUCAUUGAAGCUCAAUUUACUCUCUAGUUCUGCAUAUAUCAUAAUAAACCUUUCCACCUGUCGAAAUCAUCUGAGGCGUGUGCAUAAUUUUGAUACUCAAUAUCUUCAUAAUGCCGGGAAGUUGAUGCCAAUAGCUCUGGUGAUCACGCUGUUGACAAAGGUGCGCCACGCACUUGUGUAGGCACUAGGCGCAACUGUGGUCACAAUAUCACGAGUCUCGGAGAGGUGUAUGUUGACGCUCUUUUUGAUCAUAAUGAAAAUGAGACAGUAAUAGUUCC